UGUAACGCUUCUGUAUUUUGAUGUAGCGACUGUCGGGUUGGUUCACCAAGUCAAUGCAAAGUUGUUGGAGUUAUUUCCCUUUACGAUAUAAGCAAAGUUCCUGAAGGGUAGAAAGGGGUUUUGUAGUAGACAUCAGAAAUAUCGGUAGCUGUGUAUACAAAGGAAUCAAUCAUGCCUCCUAAUUAACCAAGUGCUGCCGUGUGUAGCUGCAAUCAACCUCUCAACACCUAGAAGCAAGAAAGUUCUCUUGUUCAGGAGUUGGGGGGAAAAACAAACAUUUGUGUAUUGGGCUAUGGAAUUCGGAAAUACCUGUUCCAGUGUUACGCCAAGGGAGCAACAUCUGUAGACAGUUCAGGUGCCACUACAACAAUGUCAAGAUGGCUGAAGUAUGAGUGGGUACACGAGAGUUGAUGACCUCACUCAUUUGGUGGGACCUCUGACAGAGGAGAGUAUUGUAAAAUGUCUUCAGACCAGGUUCUACAGCCAGCAGUACCAGACAAAAUUGGGAGCUGGACUGGUGAGUGUGAACCCAUUUCAUCACUGUCAGGGAUCUAAACAUCAGGACCAGGUGCCAGUCAAUUGCCUCUUACAGGGAGCUGUCCACAACAUUUUAGCACAUCAUGCAGACUCCGGCCACUCACAAGUUGUUCUGGUCAGUGGAGAAAGUGGAAGUGGCAAAACCUAUUGUGCCUUACAGUUGCUGCGGCAACUGUUUGAAGAGGCUGGUGGUGGCACCCAGGCAGACAUUUUUAAGCAUGUUUCAGCAACCAUGACAGUUCUGGGAUCACUGGGGUCAGCGGCUACUGUCGCUAAUACAGAGAGCACAAGAGUGGGUGUCUAUAUAGAAAACUUGACAUCAGACUGUGUAAUAUAUAGAACAAAGAUCCAUUGUUUGUAUGUUGACCAGGGUCGAGUGAGCAAUGUCCCGAGAGGAGAGAAAAACUAUCACAUCUUUUAUCAGAUGUUGGCAGGUCUAACUAAUGAUGAAAAAGUGAAGUUCCAUCUCCGAGGCUACUCCAUUCACAAUCUUCGUUACUUAAGUUGUGGUGUACUCCAGACCAACGAGACUGAAGACAAACUCAGAUUUGAAGCAUGGAAGAAAUCUUUAUCCACCAUGGGUAUCCCUGUGUCAGAUGUUUUGCGAGUCCUGUCAGCAGUCUUGUUGCUUGGCAACGUUGAAUUUGUGGAAGGAGCUGGACUUGAACUGGAAGUAGUUGGCAAUAAUGAAAUCAAAGCUGUUGCUGCUCUUCUGGGUAUUUCUGGUGUUUCUCUGUAUCGCGGCUUUACAAUGAGAACACGACACGCUCACGGUCACAUAUCAAGAACCAAUACCGAUGCUCGCAGUGCCAAUGCAACCCGUGACGCUUUAGCCCAGGCCCUCUACUACAGAACGUUGUCAGCAGUGAUCAGAAGAAUGAACAGUUUACGACGACCUAUGUCGGACCUGACAGUCAGCUUGGAGAGUCUGGAGUCGAGAAGCAGCAAAAGCAGUGCACAGUAUAGUCAUCGUCCCGACAUUCUUAGUCUGGAUCCUGGCUUCGCGGAUGCUUCUAGCAUGCAGCAUGGACGCAAAUUUUCUGACGGUUUUGUCGGCAUUUUAGAUCUGUUUGGGAUUGAACUGUCUGAGGUGAACCACUUGGAACAGUUAUGCAUUAAUUUGUGUGCUGAAACAAUGCAAAACUUUUACAACAUCCAUGUUUUCCGGGCACCCAUUGAGGCACUACAUGAAGAGGGAAUUCAGCUUGAAAUAGAUAUCGCCUUCUUCGACAACACACCAAUCAUUGAGCUUAUUUCAUCUGAGGGCAAUGGCAUCUUAAGUAUUUUGGAGAACGAGUCUGCACAGCCAAAGAGUACAGUUGAUGAAUUUGCUCACCAGAUCCGUGCAAACCACAGAAUCAAUAACUAUUUCUUUGAGCCUCUGCCUAAAGUAGACCAGUUGUUUGGAAUACGUCACUUCGCUGGUCGGGUGGUGUAUGACGUCUCUGACUUCCUGCAGACUAAUCAGGAUCAAAUUGUUGAUGACAUUGUGGCCAUUUUCUCUAAACAAAACUGUAACUUUGGAUUUGUUUCGUAUUUGUUUGCCAAAGAAGUGAAGUCAUUAAAUGACAAUUUUCAGGGUCCAAAAGGACUGAAACAUCGAAUACUGCCAACCUUUCAACAAGAUACAAAUAGCUGUGAUGAAUCACGUGGUUCACUCUGUCAUGACUUCCAGCUGAGAUUAGACAAUCUUUUGAAGACUGUUUCUCACGCUAAGCCUCAUUUUGUCCGGUGUAUCAAGAGCAAUGACCGCGGAGAGAUGGACUCUUUCAUCAAUGAGACGGUGGUUCAGCAGCUGAGAUCUCUGCAGGUUCUCGAGUCUGUCCAGCUCAUGGCAGGAGGCCUUCCACAUCGUAUGCGGUACAAGACCUUCAAGAACAGAUAUCAGUUGUUUCUGCCUUGUGACUACAUGCACAGACUGGAGUGUGUCCAGGAAGAAUGCAAGGCUAUUCUGAGCUGUUUCCUGCGAGCCAUGGAUAACAGCAAACUUCCUUACAUAAGUACACAAUGGACCCUGGGCAAGAAACACAUUUUCUACAGUGAAGGAACUCGACAAAGUUUGGAAGCUAUGAGGCUUGAGAGACUUCAUCUAGCAGCAUCAAAGAUUCAAGCUCACUGGCGGGGGUCCAAAGUCAGAAGGGCGUGGCCAUUGAUGCGAGCCCAUUUGAGGGCCAAGAAGUCAAUGUCAAAAUCCAGGUUGAUGAAUAGUUCACGAAUGAAACUGACUCCAACACCAAAGCCGAUAGAGAAAGUGGAUCCAGCCACCCUGCAUAAACUGUGCUCUAUGUAUGGGAUGAAUUCUAAAAGGAAGCCACAAAUUCCGGCUAGCAGGUCUUACAGUAUACAUGAUAAUAUGUGCAUUGGGCUGCCUCAAAUACGAGUAAUGAAAGAAAACUUUCCAGAUAAUGUUCCAGCUAAUCAAACUGUAAGGAAGGGUGAAGAGGUGAAGGUCAUUGGCGUGUCACCACAGAAAGGCCAUCUUGUGGCUGUGUACAACAGUAUUAGUUACCACAUUCCAUAUCAUCUGUUAGAACUGCAGGGUAUUCCAAGACAUGUGGGUGUUGACAUAUGAGCAAAGAAAAGUACUUCAUUUAUAGACGCCCAAGUAUCAGUCAGUCAGAAAAUCCUGAAACUGUGUAUAUUUAUUGUGAUACGUCCUGACUAAGAACAAUGAACUCUUGCAUAUGUGUAUUUUGUCAUAUCCAGACAAAAAUCUUGGAAACAUGUGUGAUUAUUGUUAAACAUUCUAAGAGAGACAUUGUAUAUAUAAAUUUAUCAGUCGCACAUUCUAUAUGAAAUACAAGUGUACAAGUUUUAGAUAAGUAUUGUUCUUUUAUGAGCUGUGUUACAGUGAAAUAAUGUUGUUAUACAACAAAGGCUAAAUUAGUCAAUAUAACAUUUAAUUUAUUAAAUUAAUAUAUCUUCUGUUUUGUAUUCAGUACAAAAAUUGCAAUUUACAUGAUCAUUGUGUAAAUUUAAAUUUUAAAAUGUGAAGUUUUAUUUAGAAUGAAUCUUUAAUAACACCCCAGCACACACACAAAAAGGAUAUUGUCUCUAGGAUUUUAAUUUCUUUGGUUUUAAAUGACUGAAUAUCUUGCUGAUAACCACUGUCAUUAUAAAUGUGUCAUUUAUGUUGCCAUGGCAAAAUGUCUGGGCCAAGAUUUUCGAAGCUAUCUUACCACUACGAUAUCGUAAAACUGUUGUAGGCUAUGGCAUGUGUCAUUGUGAUGUCGCAGCUUACGACAGUUUUACGAUAUCGUAGCGCUAAGAUAGCUUCGAAAAUCUGUAGCCUGGUUUGUUCAGACACUUGUUGAGUAAUUAACAUGCAUAAUGAAGACUAUAAAUUUGGUGGCAGUAACUGAUGUGAUGUUUUGUUUAUUGUGACAUCUACUGUUAUACAGUGGUUUGGGUGCACUAAAUAUUGCAGGGUUUUAUUUCUAAAAUUUGACUUGACAGCCAUGGCUUUGAAAUUGGGAAUUUUGGCGUCGUUUUACCAAAAAUUGGGAGUUUUCAGUUUCAUUUCAAUAACAUCUUAUUAAGCCAAGUUAGAAUUAAAAAAGUAAUUCUGUAUACACCUGUAUAUGUAUAUACGUGUACUUGUGUUUAUUUAAAUAAAUAUAUCUAUUGUGCAUUACAAAAUGUUAUUGGGGAGGGAAGGUUUGUCAAGUGAAUGGGAUUUACAUUCAGAUUGGGAAUUUUUUACUCCUAAAUUGGGAAUAAAAAAUGACAUAGCCUCUGUAGAAUGGUGGGGGAUGGUGUCCAUUAUCGGAGUCUAGAAAACCCCUGUAUUGUCACCAUAUCUUAUUCAGUUGUACAUUUUUAAUAUAAAUUAUUUUAUUACUUUAUAAAGUUUGUCUUAUUUAUUGUAGAAAUGUCAUCCAUAAAGAUGCUAAAUUGCAUGUGUACAUGAGCAGAAAUCAAAUGCAUGGGCAAUAAAGAUUAUUUUUCACUUUCA